GGUGGCCAUGUCUUGGGUUCGGUUCGGCGCUGCCCCAGAGCGGAUCCUGAGGGCCGCGCUCAGGAAGAAUCAUUCAUUGAGGCACCAGCUAAGACUGGCAGCCUUGGGUACCAGCCAUGCAACACGUUCAGGCAAUUCCUACCAUGCAGCAUUAUGUACAGAGCUGAACAAACCUUUGGUCGUUCAACAACUGCCUUCAGCUGUGCUGAAACCCACUGAGGUGCGAGUGGACAUUCAUUGCUGUGGUGUGAACUUUGCUGACAUUCUGGUAUGUCAGGGCCUGUAUCAGGAGAGAUGGCCGACCCCCUUCACUCCAGGAAUGGAGUUUGCCGGAUGUGUGGUGGAGAUUGGAACAAGUGUCACAACUGUUCAAAAGGGAGAACGUGUGGUCGGUGUGAGCUUUAAAGGAGCGAUGGCAGAAGAAUGCAUCAUUGACCAGAAGAUGCUGUGGCCCAUCGGGGCAGAGCUUCCCUAUGAAGUGGCCGCUUCAAUACCUGUAUCGUACGGCACGGCUAUUUUGGCACUUGAGCACCGAGCACACACACAGCCGGGGGAGACGGUUCUGGUGACGGCAGCAGCUGGUGCAGCAGGACUUGCAGCUGUGGACAUUGCUUCACACGUUCUAAAUGCCCAGGUCAUUGCAGCUGUGGGGAGUGAUGAGAAGUGUGACUUGGCUGUGCAGCGAGGGGCCAUCGCAGCCAUCAACUAUACCACCCAGAGUCUGAAAGAGGAGGUGAAAAGGCUGACUGCAAAUAAAGGGGUGAAUGUGGUCUUUGACGCCGUAGGAGGAGACAUUUUCAAAGAAGCUCUCAGCAGCCUAUCUUGGGAAGGCAGAAUUCUCGUGGUUGGGUUUGCUGGUGGUAAAAUACCCUCUGUGCCUGCCAACCUACUGCUUCUGAAGAAUAUUGCAGUUAAGGGCGUCUACUGGGGCAAGUACGGCCAGCGAUGUUUCCCGGUCUUCUCCAGGUCCAUCGGGUCAGCGAUCCAAUAUGCUCAGGAAGGGAGAACCAAGCCUUUGAUUGGAGCCAUCUAUAAGAUGCAACAGCCUUGUUUUCAGGUCCGCUGCAUGAGGACAUGGUGUUCAGGCGCCCAAGAGACCCACACGAUUUUUGCCCUGAGCUCAGGUCAUGGCCGGUGUGGGGUCGCUGUGAUCCGAGUUAGUGGCCCUGCCAGUGCUACUGCACUGAGCCGCCUGACUGGCCAGAGGCUACUGCCCCCAGCCAGAGCUGCUGUGCUCCGGCCAAUUGUGGACCCCGUCUCUGGGGAGCGCUUGGACACGGGGCUGGUUCUCUGGUUCCCAGGUCCACACAGUUUCACCGGAGAGGAUUGCUGUGAGUUUCAUAUUCAUGGCGGAUCAGCUGUGAUCAGUGGAGUUCUGAAUGCUCUGGGACAGUUACCCUGUCUGCAUCCAGCUGAAGCAGGUGAAUUCACAAAGCGUGCUUUCCUGAACGGGAAGUUGGACCUGACCGAGGUGGAGGGCUUGGGGGACCUCAUACAAGCUGAGACCGAAGCCCAGAGGAGACAAGCCUUGAGACAGAUGGCUGGAGAUCUGGGUCAACUCUAUGGUCGCUGGAGUCAGAGACUAAUUCGAUGCCUGGCUCAUGUGGAAGCUUAUAUUGAUUUCAGUGAAGAUGAUAACAUCGAAGAGGGAAUCCUUACCGUAGUUGACAAUGAUGUGAACUUAUUGCAGACAGAAAUUGAUGGCCACUUACGUGACAGCCGUCAAGGUGAAAGGCUCCGGAAUGGGGUCCACGUUGUGAUUGCUGGGGCCACUAAUGCUGGGAAGAGCAGUCUUUUAAAUAUAAUCUGUCAGAAACCCGCUGCUAUAGUGUCGCCCAUAGCAGGGACCACACGGGAUAUUGUGGAAACAGCUCUGAACAUUGGAGGAUAUCCUAUUCUUUUGAGCGAUACAGCGGGGCUCCGAGAGAGUACUGAUAUCAUUGAACAAGAGGGCAUGAGGCGGGCACGGGAAAGGCUUCGGCAGGCAGAUAUAGUUGUGGCGGUGGUUGAUGCCACGACGCUCCCAUCAGACCAGACUGAUGCAACCCACUUUCUCCAAGACUAUCUGAAUGAAAUGAUCCUGGAGGGAUCCGAUGUACAACAGGUGGAAUCCAAUCUGAGAGAGAGGGGCUGGAUCCUGGUUUGUAACAAGAGUGAUCUCACACAGGCCCCAGACUUGAACCGGUUGCAGGCGGCUCUCACAGAGCAUGGCCUGCCUCAGUUGUGCCCACUCUCGUGCAAAACUGGGAAUGGUUUUGAACAUUUUCUGUGUGUCCUCAGCGAAAAAGUUGAAAAAAUGUGUGGAAAUCCGUUGGUCGGUAAUCCAAGCCUAACCCAAACCCGUCACAGGCUUCAUCUCCGGAAAUGUUCUGAGGACUUAGCACAGUAUCAUGGAUACCGGGAGCUGGAUGUUGUCCUGGCGGCUGAGCAGCUGAGGAUGGCAUUGAGACAACUGGGAAAAAUCACCGGGAAGAUCGGAGCAGAAGAAAUCCUUGACGUCAUAUUCAGGGACUUCUGUGUUGGGAAGUAAACAUUUGUAAACUUUCCAGUGAGCUGUUACUCACAAAGUUGGGAAACCUUGAGACAUCGUCAUUAGAAAGAGCUACUGUUUCAAGCUACUUAUUAAUUUAAAUUAUUGAUUAAAUGUUUAUGGUAAGUUUCUUAGAAUCUUGUGAUGUCUGGUCAGCAUAUACCAAUUCUGAAUGCUAGAGUUUUUUCAUAAAUAAGAGUGCACUGUUUAAUAAAUUUCUAAGACCUUU